UGCACUCAGCAAAGCGCAAAGUCCACAUAGCGCCGUUGCUCCCCCUCACAGCCUCACCGCACGUCCGCACCGCGCCGUCUACCUCCUCCUCGCGUUUCGUUCCUUCUUCGGAUCGCUCCCGUGCCCGACGCCCCGACCCCCCCCGCCGCGGCGAUGGCGUCCGGGGGCAGCAGCAAGCAGAGGAGCGAAGAGGAGUGGCGCGCCAUCCUCUCCCCCGAGCAGUUCCGCAUCCUCCGCCAAAAGGGCACCGAGUUACCUGGAACAGGAGAGUACAACAAAUUUAAAGCUGACGGGGUUUAUAACUGUGCUGGCUGCGGAACCCCACUGUACAAGUCCGACACCAAAUUCGACUCAGGCUGCGGCUGGCCAGCUUUCUUUGAAGGACUUCCAGGAGCCAUAAACCGAACACCCGAUCCUGAUGGUCGGAGGGUGGAGAUCACUUGUGCAGCCUGCGGCGGGCAUCUGGGCCAUGUAUUCAAGGGAGAAGGCUUCAAGACACCCACGGAUGAGCGCCACUGCGUGAACAGUGUCUCGAUCAAGUUCACUCCUGCCUCCUAAAUCAUCUUCCCCGGAUGGAAACUCGCAUGUCUCUGGACCUUUGAGAAUGAAGCACUACAAAACGACGAAUAAGAUUUGUAUUCAGCAUGUACGUUUACGUGUCUCCCGUUACUUUGGCCGUGAGCUGAAUCUGUUGUCACAAUUAGUUAUUACUGCUAGCGAUCUGCCAUUUACACAAGCUGUUAUAAUAUUCUGUCGUGUCAGAAUGUAAAAUCUCAUCAAGUGCUUUAUCGAGGCCAUAUUUAGUUCA